AUGUGGAAGAUUGUGUUCGUGAUUAUAAUUGGAGUGUACACGAAUGUUGUGGUGGGGGCAGAUAAUGAUAUCGAAUCGGUGACCGAACCUAUAACUAAACCGGUGACCGAAACUGCGCCUGAACCUACAGAGUAUGCACGGAAAUGCAACUGUCGCUGUGGAGAGAGAAAUGAAGCUUCGCGAAUAGUCGGCGGGGUGGAGACAGCUGUGAACGAGUUCCCCUGGGUGGCCCGACUGUCACUUCACAACAAGUUCUACUGCGGUGCCUCCCUCAUCAACGACAGAUACGUGCUCACUGCUGCACAUUGUGUUAAGACAUUCAUGUGGUUCAUGAUCAAAGUGACUCUAGGUGAGCACAACCGUUGUAACACUACACAUCGCCCAGUGACCCGAUAUGUCGUACAAAUGGUCUCCCAUAACUUCAGCUUCGCUACGUUUCGGGAUGACAUCGCCGUCCUUAAGCUGAACGAACCAGUGCAGGUCACAGAUACUGUGAAGCCUGUCUGUUUGCCACGGAGUGACGACAAAACAUAUGUAGGCGUUAAAGCAAUGGCCGCUGGUUGGGGUACCGUAGCCGAGGGUAAGAACCACUCCUGCUACCUUCAAGAAGUGGAUCUCCCAAUACUAAGCAACGAAGCUUGCAAGAACGCCAACUACACUUCGCAAAUGAUUGGUGAUGGCAUGCUGUGUGCUGGGUACCCAGGAGUAGGAAAGAAGGACACUUGUCAGGGAGACAGUGGUGGUCCUCUUUCAGCUGAGAGGAAUGACAAACGUCAUGAACAACUAGGUGUGGUUUCUUGGGGAAUAGGAUGUGGUCGUCCAGGCUACCCGGGCGUCUACACCCGGGUCACGAAAUAUGUCGACUGGAUUCGAAGGCUUGAUGCGCGUAUGGAUUAUUAUGAUAGAAAUCAUUCCACCGAUGCCGAUGAUGAUGGAAUUUUUGUCAACUGUUUACCUGGUAUUAAGUACGCCCAUAAAAUGAUAAAGAUAUGGCUCGUACUUUGUGUUGUAGUCAGUUGGGCAAACGCACAAAAAGUAAAUUCGUCAUGUGAGUGCGGUAUCGCCGGGCAUAACCGGCGUAUAGUGGGCGGCACCACCGUGCAACCUCACGCGUACCCAUGGCUGGUGUCGCUCAUGUUAGGACCGAAGUUGCACUGUGGAGGGGCUAUCAUCACCGAUUUGCACAUAUUGACAGCGGGACACUGCAUCACUUUUGGGAUACAUUAUCGUGACCUGACUGUAUACGUGGGCAUGCAUGAUCGACUCGACACUUCUUACGUGUCUAUGCGCGUCGAGAAUGGUGUAAAACACCCUCAUUUCACCUCUAAUGCUGUUCGGGACAUAAAUGACAUAGCAAUCUUGACUCUUGACAACCGACUCAAGUUCUCAGAGAAAGUUCGACCGAUUUGCCUGCCAGAGGACUCAAUGGACUUUAGAAACUUGCCUUUAACAGUCGCUGGGUGGGGUAAAACCAGACAGGGUGCAUUGACAUCAUCAAGAUAUUUGCUUGAAACCAAAGUACAGAUUGUGGACGGUGAAAAAUGUAAGAAAUCGGCAAUAUACAAGGACAAUCUGGUCAGUGAUACUAUGAUGUGCGCUUACAGUCUUGGGAAAGACGCAUGUCAGGGAGACAGCGGUGGACCAUUAUUUUCAACUCACCGAAGGUCAUAUAACAAAAAGUGGUAUCAAGUUGGUAUGUUUUCUAAAACUUCAUUUUUGUUGAUAAAGUCGUUUCUAUUGUUUUAUAAUGCAUGUGGAUAUGACACAAACUGUUUACUUUUUAGGUAUUGUAUCCUGGGGUAUAGACUGUGCCAUGCCAGAUUAUCCAGGUGUCUACACAAUCGUGGGGAAGUACAUUCCCUGGAUCAGGCAGCAGACUGCAGAAGGAUCGUACUGUUGUCCAACAUACAUAUUGAAAUGUUCACAAUAUUGAGUACUAUUUACUUGUUAAUCGGGAUCAGCCAGGUGGAGUUGGUGCGUGGCACAGACUGUCAAUGUGGCAAGCCAUCAGACAGAGUGGUGUCGAUGAGGAUAGUGGGAGGGAGGAGAGCGGAGCCGCAUUCAUUUCCCUGGACCGUGGCCAUCUUGAAAAUUGAACGGAUGCAUUGCGGCGGAGCGAUGAUCACGAACAAGCACAUUCUAAGCGCGGGACACUGUUUUAAAUGGGAUGAUUUCAGAACCAUGGAGGUUUUAAUAGGACUGGAUAAUAUAGAUGAUUUAAAAAAUGUUGAGAAACGAAAUAUUUCUAAGGUUGUGAUACAUGAAGCGUUUACAUCUACUGCGGUUAGAGAUGAGAACGAUAUUGCUAUCGCUACUUUGAACCGGCCAGUUGAAUUCAGUGAAACUAUCGUGCCAAUAUGCCUACCUACACCAGGUGAAGUUUUUUCAAAUAGGAUAGGAACCAUAGUCGGUUGGGGUAGAGUGGGUGUUGAGAAAUCAUCGUCAAAAGUAUUACUAAAAGCAAGUCUUCGAAUACUGUCCGAUGAAGAUUGUAUGAAUUCACAACUGUCACAGCACCUCAAACCUACUAUGAUGUGUGCCUUCUCAAAGGGAAAGGAUGGGUGUCAGGGCGACAGUGGUGGGCCUCUUUUAGUUUUUCAACCUGAAGGCAGAUAUGUUCAAGCAGGCGUCGUUUCUUGGGGUAUUGGGUGUGCAGACCCCAGGUAUCCUGGGGUUUACACGAAAGUCAGCAAUUACAUCGAUUGGAUCACUAGCCAUACGUCUGACGGCCUAAAAUGUGAUCACUAAACAGAGAUAAGAACUAUAUAUAAAGUAGUUAAUAAAAAUUAUGUAUUGUAUAUAACAACAAAUAAAGAUAUUCUA